AUGUCCAGGAGCUCAACAGGUCGAGAUGAACGUAUCGGCGACUUUGUCAUCGAAAAUGAGAUCGGUAAAGGAUCUUUCGCUGUCGUCCACAAGGGCCACCGCCUGCAACCUCGUGAGCCUGUUGCCAUCAAGAUUGUGAUCCGCAAGAAGCUCACACCCAAGCUCUUGGACAAUCUCGAGGGCGAGAUCGCCAUUCUCAAGGCCAUCCAUCAUCCCAACAUUGUCGAGCUCAAAGAAUGCCUCAAGACGGAGACCCAGAUCUACCUCGUCAUGGCCUUUUGCGCCUCCGGCGACCUCUCGCAGUAUAUCAAGAAGCGUUUCGACAUCUACGAACGCGCCGGCAUGGCAGCGCCCGGUUCUUUGACACGAGCCCAAAAGCCGACCUACCCACACCCUGCCGACGGCGGUCUCAACGAAACCAUCGUCCGUUCCAUCUUGACCCAGCUCGCUGCUGCGCUCGAAUUCAUGCGCGCUCGUGACAUUGUACAUCGCGAUAUCAAGCCGCAGAACCUCUUGCUUCAGCCUCCGGACGCUGCGUUUCUAGCGCUUGGGAACCCGCGCGAAAUACCUCAGAUGAAGGUCGCCGAUUUCGGCUUUGCCCGUCACUUGAGUGUCAACGCUCUCGCAGAGACUCUGUGCGGAUCGCCGCUCUAUAUGGCUCCCGAAAUCCUGCGCUUCGAGAAGUACGACGCAAAGGCGGACCUCUGGUCUGUGGGUGCUGUGCUUUUCGAGAUGACCGUAGGCAAGCCGCCGUUCAAAGCCGCAAACCACGUCGAGCUUCUCAAACGCAUCGAAAGAGGCGAGGACAAGAUCAAGUUCCCAGACGAAAGAUCGGCAGGCUCCCUUGCCAGGGAAGCUGCGCGUCGGCAGGAGCUGGGUGAAACUCCUCUGCCACCGCCGCAUCCCGUCUCCGGAGACGUCAAGAUCCUGAUCCGUCAGCUACUCCGACAAAAGCCUGUCAGCCGAAUGAGCUUCGACGACUUUUUCGCAAGUCCAGUCAUCAGCGAUUUCAAGGCCUUCAUUCGUCCACAUGCUCAGCCUGACGCGAUCGAAAAGUACGAAGAUCUCCAGCGGAGCGAACGCAGCGUCAUCAUACCAUCGUCUGGAUUCAAGGACGCGUCGGUGUCCUCAGUGGGACCAUCGACCGCGACGUCUGACGUACAGUCUCCGAGCAGUGCAGCACCAUCCCCAUCCCAUCAAGACCCUACAUCGCACCACGAGCGAUCUCGGAGCAAGCAAGAUGGAAGCCCGAAAUUGGUUCCACGAGAAGCUACCGACUCAAGCAAAGCAACGCAAGAGGUCGGUAGACCCGCAAGAAAUCCGCCUCGAUCUUUCUCGGCGAAAUAUGUCACCAGCGAAUCACCCCAUCCAGACGAUCCGGCGAGACACGUGCCACCUGCCGUGACGCGGGUGCCGAGCUCGCCGGGCAUCAUCCAAGAGGGGUCUCAGCUGCCAGGCGGCCCAGACGGAACGCGCCCUGCAGCGCCGGGCACCAACGACCUCGUUUCUUCGAAAGACGGUGAGGACAGCUUCCUGGGCAAGGAAUACGUCAUGAUCGAGAAACAAAACGUCGAGGUCAACGCUUUGGCCGACGAACUAGCAGCUUCGCCGCAGAGCAGGCUGUCAAUGGUCUCCCGCAGACCAUCACGCCUGUCGCGCCUCGCUUCCGGGUCCAUCCCUAACACGUCCGGCGCAUCACCGCCUGCUGCACAAAGCGCGGUGCCGACCACCCAGCCCAUUCGAAUCGCCGGCAAUGCGGACACGGCUUCGACCGGGGCAUUUGCGCUUCCGCCAGGCGCAAGACCGUCAUCCAAUCCACGCCGCGCUAGCCUGUCAUCUUCCGGUUCGCCAUCGACGCGCCAAGGCGGUCAGGUCAUCACAGCAUCGGAUGCCGUCGCCAGCACACAGAGUGCUCGUCGGGACGGCUUGGCGACAUCAACACCAAAAGAGGACGUCAGCUUGCUGGGACAAAAGCUGGCAGGCUUCGGUCUGUCCGGUGGCGGCGGCAAUGGCGGGCCUUCGAGCGCUCUUGCCAAGGCGAUCAGCAUGGCCUCGCUGCGUCUGUUCGGAGUCCCGUCCGGCGUGUCGUUGAGAGACGCCGCGGCGCUGGUGCGUACGAGAGCACAGAGACGUGGAUUCCUGCGACCAGCCGACACGUUGGACGAAGCCGAGAUGUAUUUGCUGAGCACGCUAGAGGAUCUGGGCCAGAAGGCAUUUGUGCUCUCGGAAUUUGCCGACUCGAAGCUCGCCCACUUUUUCCCUGACGGUCCACAUCAGCUCUCGCAAGACUUGGACUCCUCGACGGCCACCACAGGCAUCUCGCCGGGUCGAAACAGCGUCCAAGCGUCCGGCCGGCGUGUCGGGUCGAUCUCUUCUUCGUCAUCGUCUGCGCUUGAUCCGGUAGCUGCCGAGGCUGCAUCGGCAGAAGCGCUGAUGCUCUAUGUUCGCAGCCUAGCCUUUCUACAGCGUGCUAUCACGCUUACCAGGAAGCACGUCGAGGCACGUUCGCGCCCCGGAGUGCCUGCUGUGACCAGCGCCGAGCUCAACGACGUGGUGCAGUGGCUUCGGGCACGUUUCAACGAGGUGUACGACAAGGCCGACUUUGCGCGCUCACGUUGCAACGAGCUUCCGGAGUCGGCACAGCAGGUGGACAAGCUCAUCUUCGACAAGGCAGUGGAAGUGGCUCGAGCAGCUGCAACUGACGAGCUCGAGAAUCACCGGGAAGGGAGCGGCUGGGAUCCAUCACACUGCUUAUUGGCCUACGAGACGGCCAGCUCGAUGCUGUCUUCGUUGCUGGAUCCAGGUGAGGAUUCGUUGAGCCUAAGCGAAGGCAGCAUCUUGAUGAUUGACAAGUACAUCAAGAGCAUCAACAAGCGUCUCUCGACGUUGCAGGAGCAGUUCGGCGGGGGCAUCGGUGGCAAUGUACCGACGGGUGCGAGUCUGGCCAGUGUUGAUGCCGAGGCAAGGCCAGGUGUCAGCCGCAGCAGAACUGACUCGCCCUCGUCGCAUGUGUCAAAUCCAUCUCCCGCUCCAACGCUGUCUCGAUGA